AUGCAGCUCCCUACAGUAACCAGCCUUGUCGCCCUCCUAUCCGCGGCCAACGCGCAAACUAUCGUCGGUUUCGGUCCCGCAUUCUCCCUUGGCCCAACAAAGUCAUGGAUCCGCGAAGCCACAACGACCCUUGUUCUACCCAAGGUCCCUAGCCCUGCUAAGGACCGCUUGGCUCUCUGGCCUGGAAUGGGGACGAGCAGCGACUCGCUGAUUCAGGCGCUUGCUGUCGCUUUCUCAGACCCUAACGCAAACUGUGGUGCUAAGGCUGGACAAUGGUGUACUUGGGCUUCGACUCUGCAAGGGACACAACUUGGCGGCAAGCAAGUUCCUGCUGAUCCCGGCGCAAAACUGACCAUUCACUACGUCUACAAUGACGCAACAAACGAGUACGACCAGACUGUCUCAAUCGACGGGACUGUCGUUUCAUCUCUUUCAACCACUUCUGGACACGCAGAGGGAUGGGGAACCGCCGUCGAAUGCCAGGAUGAUGCUUGCGUCGGCACAGUUGAAGCACACAACUAUCUCGAUACUACCAUCAUUCUCAAUGAGGCCGAUGCCACAUUCGGUAACACCCUUGGGCUUAACGAGGCUACGUCUUCGGGUCUUGGUACUUCGGACGGCGGCAAGACCUGGGCUGUCGGUACCAUCAGUCACAAAGCUCACACUUUUGCUGUCACCAAAUGA